AACAUACCCUCUUAUGCCGAAGGAAACCAGCUCCAGCAGGUUGAGCCUGCCCAGCCAGCCCAGCAGGACACGCACCUCAUAGCAGAAUGCUUAAGCAACCAGUACACACACAGAUCCUGUGAGAAAGUGUUUUGUCACCCCUGGGAACGAUGUGUGGAGGGAAAAUGCCUUUGCAAGCUCCCUUACCAGUGCCCUAAGAACGGCUCUUCGGUUUGCUCUACCAACGGGAAGUACUUCCACACUUACUGUCACCUGAAGAGCUACGAGUGCCAGCGACCCGAAGCCAAGUUUCUGCACACGGGAAAAUGCGUGUCUGCAGAAACAUUUUCAAUCUCUCUGGGUCAUGGGGAUUCAAAUUUCCUUCGAGUAAAACCUGUGAGUGAGGAGGAGGACUUUUUUGUGUGUGAUAGCAAGUGGACGAUGAAUGAAGCAAACGUGGCUUGCAAGCACCUUGGCUUUAAAACGGGUGCUGAGUAUUACCAAGCCAAUUCCAGCAUCACAGAAUCGGCCUUAAAUUCGUUGCACUGUCUGCACAUAACCUGCAGGGGCCUAGAGACAAGUCUUGCUGAAUGUCACAUAGAGGUGAAAUCAAGAGGUAGCAAUGAGGGACUUGUUAGCCUCCAGUGCCAUGAAAAUCUCAGAGCUUGUUCCCACGACGAGUUUCACUGUGUCAACAAGAAGUGCGUUCCUCUGAGCAAAACCUGUGAUGGGAUCAAUGACUGUGGAAACCUAAGUGACGAACUGUGCUGCAGAGAAUGCAGAGGCAACAGUUUCCACUGCCGGUCAGACAUCUGUAUCCCAAAUAAGAGCGUCUGCAACAAAGAAAUUGACUGCCUCACAGGAGAGGAUGAAGCUCGAGCUCUCUGCGGAGGCAAAGACAAAGGGGCUGAAAAUCUCAGUAUGGACAGAGAAAGAAAAAUGCUAAAGACUCUUCUUCCCCAAGUGCAUUGCGGGCUUACAAAUCACACAUUAACCCGACGGAAAAGAAUCAUAGGUGGACAGGUGGCAAGAAAGGGCGAAUUCCCUUGGCAAGUGGCAAUUAAAGAAACUGGCAGUGAAGGUGCAACGGUGUACUGCGGAGGGGUUUAUAUUGGUGGCUGUUGGGUUCUGACUGCUGCACACUGCGUCAGGGCAAACCGAGUUCACCUGUACCGUGUCUGGAUUGGGCUGCUGGAUACCAUACUGUACGACAAAGAGACAGACACUUUCCGGCUAAACCAAGUGAUCAUCCACGAAAAUUAUAACACAUCAACAUACGAGAAUGACAUUGCUCUGCUGCAGCUGAAAGGUUUUGGGAAAGGAGAAUGCUCCCUGAAAUACAGCACACCUGCCUGUAUCCCCUGGUCGGAGCAUAUGUUCAAGGCCGGGGACAGAUGCAAGGUUUCUGGAUGGGGACUAGAGAAAGGUUAUACCAAACAAUAUAUCCUCAAGUGGGGCAAUGUUAAUUUAUUUCAGAAUUGUUCUGAAAUGUACCCGGGACGAUUUUUUAAAAAAAUGGCAUGUGCAGGUACCUACGAUGGCUCCAUAGACAGCUGCAAAGGCGAUUCAGGAGGACCCUUGGUGUGUUUCGAUGCAGAAAACGUGGCGUACGUGUGGGGUAUCGUGAGCUGGGGUGAGAACUGCGGGGAGGCUGGCCACCCCGGCGUGUAUACCCAAGUGGCCAGCUAUUACGACUGGAUUAGCCACCACGUGACAAGGAGUCUCAUUUCACGGUACAACAUCUGA